AACGCCAGAGGCGAGAGAGAAGAAGAGAAGGCGAGAGAAAGGGAAAGGAGAGCGAACGCCCGGAAGGCGCGAAGAGCCGGAGCACCACAAGAACAAGGAAGAAGAGGACCGCCACAGAAAAACAACAAAGCCGGAAACAGAGGCAAGGCCCAAAAGACAGAAGCCGAAGGCCAGCCAAAAGAAAACAAGCGCCGAGCCGAGGGAGGAAGACGGGGAAGAGACCGGAAGAAAAGCAAAAAAGGGAGAGAGAAACAAAGAACAGCAAGACCAGGAGAAAACGCGGAACAGGAACAGCGCCACGGAGAGACCGAACGCGAAAAGACAGACGGAGCGAGAAAGCAAACAAACGAAGCGACGAAAACGACAACGAACGCAAGCAAAGAAAACAGCGAAGCCAGGACAAACGAGCAGCAAAAGAGCCCCCGCGCAACCAAGAAGAAACCCGCGAAGGAGCCCCGCGAAGAGGACCCCCAGAGGACCAAGAGAAGAAGAAGCAAGCAAGCGGGGGAGAGCCCGCGGACCAACACAAAGAACAGAAGGGAAGAAACCGCCCCAGAAACAAAGAACAACCAAGAAGACGAGAGGACGACCACCGAAAAACGGAAAGAACCCCAGAAAGCGGAGAAGGCCAGACCCACCGAAGGGCAAGAAGACACGGGCCAAAAGGAGAGACCCAGAAAGAGGAGCCGCGACAGGAGCGGGAGGGAAGCACAAAGGAAAAAAAGAAAGGGGAAGGGGGACCAAAAAAGCGAAGAAGAAACCAAGAACGCAAGAGAACCGAAGAGCAGGAAGAAACAACAGGGAAGGAAAGCGAGGCGAGAGGAGCCGGCGGGAGAGCCCCACAAGAAGAACACAAGAAGAAAGGGAAAGAAGCACGGACGGGAAGAGAAGAGGAGAGAGAGCCCAGCGGGGAAACGCGCAGGGGGAGAGCCCCAACGGAAAAGCAACAACAAGGGAGGAAGGAAUGA